ACAAACAUGGGUCUCCCACGCAUCCUCUCCCUCUCCACUUUCCUUGUUUUGUCAUCUUUAGUUUUUGCAUCUGCUAGCGUGUCUCGUUCUUACACUCCACCUUCUACCAUUGAGCCUCUCUCGUACACAUCAACUCCAGUUUAUAGUCCCUCGCCUGAAUCUGAAACUUCAUCAUACACUUCAACCCCACCUUAUAGUCCAUCUCCCUCUCCCGCGUAUGAAACUCCGUCCUAUACUACUCUAAGUCCACCAUAUAGCCCAUCUCCAUCUCCUGAGUAUGACACUCCAGCAUACACCACUCUAAGUCCACCAUACAGCCCAUCCCCAUCUCCUGAGUAUGAGACUCCAGCAUACACCCAAAGUCCUCUUUACAGUUCCCCACCUUCAUAUGAAACUCCAUCAUACACUCCAACACCAGUUUACAGUCCAACCCCAGACACUAAGACCUCAUCAUACACAUCAAGCCCACCUUACAGCCCAACUCCAAAGUAUGACACCCCAUCAUACACCCCAAGUCCGAUUUACAGCCCAUCUCCUAAGUACGAAACCCCAAGUCCGAUUUACAUCCCAUCUCCUAAGUACGAAACUCCUUCGUACACCCCAAGUCCAACCCACAGCCCAUCUCCUAUGUACAAAACCCCAAGUCCGAUUUACAACCCAUCUCCUAAGUACGAAACUCCUUCAUACACUCCAAGUCCAACCCACAGCCCAUCUCCUAAGUACGAAACCCCAAAUUCGAUUUACAACCCAUCUCCUAAGUACGAAACUCCUUCAUACACUCCAAGUCCAACCUACAGCCCAUCUCCAACGUACGAAAUCCCAAGCCCAACCUACAGUCCAUCUCCUAAGUAUGAAACACCAUCAUACACCUCAAGUCCAAAUUACAGCCCAUCUCCUAAGUACGAAACCCCAGCCUAUACCCCAAGUACAACAUAUAGCCCAUCUCCUAAGUAUGAAACACCAUCAUACACCCCGAGUCCAAUUUAUAGCCCAUCACCUAAGUAUGAAACCCCAUCGUACACCACCACUACAACUUAUAGUCCUUCUCCUAAGUAUGAGACUCCAUCCGACACCAAUACUGUGACUUACAGCCCUUCUCCCAAGUACAACACUGAACCAUACACUCCAAGUACUACUUACAGUCCAUCUCCAAAGUACGAAACUCCAUCUUACACCCCUACUCCAAUUUACAACCCACCUUCAGAAACCAAAUCAUAUGAAACUCCAACAUACCGUCCAUCUCCCAAAUAUGAAACCCCAUCAUACACCCCAAGUCCAACUUACAGCCCAUAUCCUAAGUAUGAAACUCCAACCUACACACCUACACCAAUUUACAGCCCAUCUCCUAAGUAUGAAACUAUGUACACCCCAAGUACCAAUUAUAGCCCAUCUCCCAAGUAUGUAACUCCAUCCAACACACCUACUUCAACUUACAAUCCAUCUCCUAAAUACGAGACUCCAUCCUACAACCCACCUCCUAAGUAUGAAUAUGAGACUCCAUAUGUCUCUACCCCAAUAUAUAGUCCAUCACCCAAGUAUGAGACUCUAUCAUACACUCCAUCAGCAACUUACAACCCUUCUCCCAAGUAUAAGACUCCUUCAUACACCCCAUCAUCAACUUAUAGCCCUUCUCCAAAGUAUGAUGCAACAUCAUACACUCCAGCGUCCACUUACAAGCCUUCUCUAACGUACAAGACUCCUAACACUCAAACCCCAACCUACAGCCCAUCUCCUAAAUACGAGACUCCAUUAUAUACCCCUACCUCAUCAUAUAGCCCUUCACCUAAGUAUAACACCCAAUUAUAUACCCCAACCGCAACAUACAACCCUUCUUAUAAACACUCUCCUAAAUAUGACACUCCAUCAUACACCCCAUCUACAACUUAUAGUCCAUCUCCAAAGUAUGAUGUCUCUUCAUACACCCCUACCUCAUCUUACAAUCCUUCCCCUAAGCAUAAGACCCAAUCAUACAAAGUUUACGGUGUACAGGGUGUCAUAUAUUGCAAGUCUUGCAAUGAGUUCAAACCAAUUGAAGGUGCAAUAGCCAAAAUUUCAUGUGAGGCUAAGACUGGGUAUGGAUACAUGGCAGCCAAGUUUUCAACGUUGACUCCCAAAACUGAUAAGAAUGGUUAUUACUUGGCUACAUUUACUCAAGAACAACUUGGAAAACAUUUAAAACCAACAGAUUGCAAAGUUUAUCUUGAAAGUUCUCCAUCAUACACUUGUAAUGUUGCUACAAAUAUGCAUCUUGGAGUGAGCGGAGCUCCCCUAACUUAUUCAAAACAUAUAACUGAGUACCAAAAAACAUACAUCUUAGAGUUGUACUCUAUUCCAAUUUUUGCUUACAAGUCAAGUGCUAAAUGCGAAUAUUAUCCAGCUUAUUACCAAACAUACAGCCCAUCAACCUACACUCCAAAAUCACGCUAUGACACAUACACUCCAAAAUAUUCCCCAUCUUCGAAAUACACCCCAUCAACUUAUACUCCAAAAUCAAGCUAUGUGACUUACACUCCAAAAUAUUCUCCAUCUCCGAAAUACACCCUAUCAACUUACACUCCAAAAUCAAGCUAUGUGGCUUACACUCCAGAAUAUUCUCCAUCUUCAAACUACAGUCCAAAAUCAAGCUAUGUGUCUUACACUCCAGAGUAUUCUCCAUCUCCGAAAUACACUCAAAAAUCAAGCUAUGAGACUUACACUCCAAAAUAUUCUCCAUCUCCAAAAUCAAGCUAUGCAACUUACGCUCCUGGAUACACCCCAUCAACCUACGUUCCAAAACUAAGCUCUUACUCUCUAAAGUACACCCCAUCCACAUACAGUCCAGCAUUGGACUAUGAGACUUCAAAAUACACUCUAUCAACCUACUCUCCAAGGUCAAGCAAUGAAGCUUCAUCAUAUGUCCCACCACCAACCUAUACUCCAAAAUCAAGUUAUGAGAGUCCUUCAUGCGAUACAACACCAUCUUACACACCUGGAUCAGCUUCUAAGGCUCCAACUUACACCGAAGAAAGCUACAGUCCAAGUAACGAAACUCCAUCCUACACCACACCAAAAUCAAGUUAUGAAACUUCAUCAAACUAUACUCCUCAGUCAAGUUAUGAAGCUCCAUCAUCUUAUGCUCCAAAAUCAGCGGAUAAAACUACUACCUACACUAAUUACAGAUACUAAGAGAAAUUAUAUCAUGAGUCUAUUAUGAGUUAGGAUUAUGUCUGAUAUAUGUGGCGUAUUGUGCCAUGUCUA